AGUUUUAUUCGACCGACCAAUCCAAACCGCCAUGGGAGGAAAACAUUCGAAGAUGGACCCUAUGGAAGUCGAGGUGCCGGAAUUGCAAAAUCAACUGAACCGAGAUCUUUACCUGAAGCCGUACGAACGCGAAUUCAAACGCAGGUACGCCUGCUUUCUCGAUUACUUGGAAAGAGUCAAGGAAGAUUGCGACCUAGAUACGUUUACCACUAGUUACAAAACAUUCGGAAUCCAUAUCGAGGAAGACGGAUCUGUUCGUUGUCUAGAGUGGGCUCCUGGAGCUAAACAACUAUAUCUCGCUGGUGAUUUUAACGAUUGGAAUAGAGAAAGCACACCCUACAAAAAAUUAGAAUAUGGAAAAUGGGAAUUAGUGAUACCGCCCAACAACGAUGGAUCGCCGGUCGUUAAACAUUUGUCGGAAGUCAAGAUUGUUGUUGAAAAUCACCAUGGAGAAAAACUCGAUCGUAUAUCUCCUUGGGCAUCGUAUGUGGUUCAGCCACCCAAGGAAGAAGGAGUAACUUUUAAACAAAGAAUUUGGAAUCCGGUUGAUAACGUGUAUAAAUUUAAACACGCCAAAGUAUCUAGACCGUCGAGUUUACGAAUUUAUGAAUGCCAUGUUGGAAUCGCUACGUCAGAGUACAAAGUCGGAACUUACCAAGAGUUCAAAGACAAAAUGCUGGAUCGAAUCGUUGACUUGGGAUAUAAUACAAUUCAAUUAAUGGCCGUCAUGGAACACGCGUAUUACGCCUCGUUUGGAUAUCAGGUCACGAGUUUUUAUGCUGCGUCAAGUCGUUUUGGCACUCCUGAAGACCUCAAAGAAUUGGUCGACAUCGCUCACAGUAAAGGCUUGUAUGUCAUGUUAGACGUGGUGCACUCUCACGCUUCGAAAAACGUUCUCGACGGCUUGAACAACUUUGACGGCACUAACGCGUGCUUUUUCCACGACGGACCCAAGGGCGAUCAUCCCACGUGGGGCAGUCGCUUAUUCAACUAUUCGGAGUAUGAAGUGUUGAGAUUUUUGCUGUCCAAUCUACGUUGGUACACGGAAGAGUAUAAUUUCGAUGGCUUUAGAUUUGACGGUGUCACUUCGAUGCUAUAUCAUUCUAGAGGAGCUCAAGGAUUCAGCGGUCAUUACGAUGAAUACUUUGGACUCAACGUCGAUACCGAUGCACUGGUCUAUCUCAUGUUGGCCAAUUACACUCUACAUAAAUUUUAUCCGGAAUGCGUUACUAUUGCUGAGGAUGUAUCGGGCAUGCCGUCCACUUGUCGUCCCGUCGGUGAAGGUGGACUAGGAUUCGAUUAUCGUCUAGCGAUGGCUAUACCCGAUACGUGGAUCAAACUGUUGAAAGAAGUCAAAGACGACGACUGGGACAUGGCAAACAUAGUUCACACUCUGACCAACAGAAGAUGGAUGGAAAAGACUGUUGCAUAUGCCGAGUCGCACGAUCAGGCAUUGGUCGGCGACAAGACCGUGGCUUUUUGGUUGAUGGACAAGGAAAUGUAUUCUCAUAUGUCUACAAUGAGCGAUCCGUCUUUGGUCAUAGACAGAGGAAUAGCAUUGCACAAAAUGAUUAGAUUGAUCACUCACGGUUUAGGCGGAGAAGCUUAUUUGAAUUUUAUCGGCAACGAAUUCGGUCAUCCCGAAUGGCUAGAUUUUCCUCGAGAUGGAAAUCACAGUUCCUAUCAUUACGCUCGAAGACAGUGGAAUUUAGUCGACGAUCCGUCAUUAAAGUACAAGUUCUUGAACAAUUUCGAUAGAAGCAUGAACAAAUUGGAGAGCAAAUACGGUUGGUUGAGUUCGAAUCCGGGCUAUGUCAGUUUGAAACACCAAGACGAUAAGGUGAUCGCGUUCGAAAGGAGUAAUCUUUUAUUCGUAUUCAAUUUCCAUCCUACCAAGAGUUUUACAGAUUACAAAUUGGGACUCGACUUGAACGGAUCGUUGAAAAUCGUUCUCAACAGCGACGACUCGGAAUUCGGCGGUCACUGUCGUAUCGAUAAUUCCAUUGAAUAUCCAACUGGAAACGGUCAAUGGAACGGACGUCAAAAUCAUAUAUUCUUGUAUUUGCCUUCGAGAACAGCUAUAGUGUUGACGACUUCAGAUCGAAAACAAUAAACGUGUUCGCCGAAGAAAAUUAAACACUUUUCUUUAUUCUCCUAUAGACAUUUUUUUAUUUAUACUAAGAAAUACCGAGAACGAGUUCAUUGGUGUUUAUUGUUGUUGUUUGUAUCACAAAUUUUUGCUGUCCGAUUUUUAGUUUAAAAUUUUUUUUUUUUUAAGUCGUUAUUUUAAAUAAAUAUUUUAAAGUUUAUAUACCUGUCGUCGAUAUUUUAUUAUAAAUUUGUUAUCUUUACAAAUAUAAGUUUA